UUUAUUGUAUCACGUAACUCGCACAAUGUGUAGCUGUAAGAUAAUUUUUGUAACUUUGUUUACGAUUUUGGGUGCUUCAGCACGCCCAAAUCUAAAGGAAACCUUUUCACAUGCAAAAGUUGGAUAUGCUGUCCUUAACGAAACCGUAGCACCAGCACCAGAUGGUUGUUCCAUCACUAGUGUCAGCGACGUGUCCUCUGUUAUCUCAUCCUGUACCACCAUUAAUGUCGGAUCUUUUGAGGUGCCUGCUGCCAACCAGCCCCUGAUAAUGAAUUUAAAAUCUGGUACUACAAUUACAUUUACUGGACAACUUGUGUUUGCUAAGCACGAAUUUAGUGGCUAUUUGAUUGAGAUUAUUGGCAGCAACGUAAAGGUUGUGGGAUCAAGUACUCAUCAAUUCCAUGGUCAUGGAGAAUUAUAUUGGGAUGGUAAAGGAGGCGCUGGUUCCACUAAGCCAGUCUUUAUGUAUCUAAAGGGAACCAGCGGUUCAUCAUUUACUGGACUCCAUCUUUAUAAUUGCCCAAUAAGAUGUGUUGCUAUUGAUAGUUCUAAUGAUAUCAGCGUUUCUGGUUUCCUAAUAGACAAUCGUGCGGGAGCACCAGGUACUGCUGCUUCAGGAAAAGAGGGUCACAACACUGAUGGUUUCGACAUAGCAAAUACUCAAUAUCUCACUUUAAAAAAUAAUGUGGUUUAUAAUCAAGAUGAUUGUGUUGCCAUCAAUAAUGGUGCUCACAUGCUAAUUGAUAGCGUAAACUGUGAUGGAAGCCAUGGUUUUGAUAUUGCUACUGGGAUGUCCACCACAGAUAAAACCAAAAAUAUUGUAAAUAAUAUAACUUUCCAAAACUCUCAAUUAUACAAUGGGAUGUACGGUCUUCAUAUCCUAACCUGCAAUGACGGCGGUACUGGAUACGUCAGCAACAUUAACUACAAGAAUAUAACCUUUAGUGGCCCUUCUGAUUAUAGUAUUAUGAUUCAACAAGACUUUUCAAAUGCCUCCCAAGGAUCAACCAAAAAUCCAACAGGAAACGUACCAAUUUCAAACGUAAAAUACCAAAGUAUAACUGGUGUAAUGAACGGAAAGUAUUCUUCAGCUCUUACUAUUCGUUGCGCGGUUGGAGCAUGCUCCGGUAUUGCAUUUAACAGUGUUAGCAUCACAAAUGCAAAGUCUGCCAAUGAGUGUAUGAACUACAGUAUUAGUGGCUGGUGUUAAAUUUAAAAAAAUGAUGCUUUGGUAAAAUUUUUAUUUUGUAAAUAAAAAUAAAAAAAUAUAUUUA